GGCUCCUUUGCUCUCCUCCCCAGUGGGGUCAGCCAUGCCCUUCUCGAACAGCCACAACCUGCUGAAGAUGAAGUACUCAGCCGAGGAUGAGUUCCCGGACCUGAGCGUUCACAACAACCACAUGGCCAAGGUGCUGAGUCCGGAGCUGUACUCCAAGCUGAGGGGCAAGCAGACGCCCAGUGGCUUCACGCUGGACGACGUCAUCCAGACUGGGGUUGACAACCCAGGCCAUCCCUUCAUCAUGACUGUAGGAUGUGUAGCUGGUGAUGAAGAAUCCUAUGAUGUGUUUAAGGAACUCUUUGAUCCAGUUAUUGAAGACCGACAUGGAGGCUACAAACCAAGUGAUGAGCACAAGACUGACUUGAACUCUGAUAACCUUCAGGGUGGUGAUGACCUGGAUCCUAACUACGUGCUAAGUUCCCGUGUCAGAACUGGCAGGAGUAUCCGUGGAUUCUGUCUUCCCCCUCACUGUAGCAGAGGAGAGAGGCGGGCGAUAGAAAAGCUUUCUGUUGAAGCCCUGGGAAGUCUGGAAGGUGACCUGAAAGGGAAAUAUUAUGCUCUGAAGAACAUGACUGAUGCAGAGCAGCAGCAGCUGAUUGAUGAUCACUUCCUGUUUGAUAAGCCAGUUUCUCCUCUUCUGUUGGCAUCUGGAAUGGCACGAGACUGGCCAGAUGCCAGAGGUAUCUGGCACAAUGACAACAAGACCUUCCUUGUCUGGAUCAAUGAGGAAGAUCACCUUAGAGUUAUUUCUAUGCAGAAAGGAGGCAAUAUGAAAGAAGUAUUCACCCGCUUCUGCAGUGGGCUAACGCAGAUUGAAACACUGUUUAAAACAAAAAAUUAUGAAUUCAUGUGGAACCCCCACUUGGGCUACAUCCUGACCUGCCCAUCCAACCUGGGAACAGGUCUCCGUGCUGGUGUCCAUAUCAAGCUGCCAAACCUUGGCAAGCAUGAGAAGUUUGGAGACAUUCUCAAGAGGCUGAGGCUGCAGAAACGAGGCACAGGUGGUGUUGAUACUGCUGCUGUUGGAGGAGUGUUUGAUGUUUCCAAUGCUGACCGUCUGGGCUUCUCGGAGGUAGAGCUGGUGCAGAUGGUGGUUGAUGGUGUGAAGCUGCUGACUGAAAUGGAAAAACAACUUGAAAAUGGUCAGUCUAUUGAUGACCUCAUACCAGCUCAGAAAUAAAAGCACUUUAAUUCCAUGCUUCCUAACUUAUUGGAUGAAUAACAAAUAUCACUCCAAUCAAAACCCUGGGGUUGAAACCCACUUAGUAACACUGUAGAAAAGUCUUCCAUCCAUCUGUGUUAGAGUUUAUUUUUUUGAUGGCUGAGAUGUUGCUGAAAAACUGAAAUAAACUAUUGUUUUGGCUUGA